CCACCGUCAUUCGUCUCUAAAACCCUAAUCCCUUCUCAUCUUUCUCUGCAAAUCCCUAAAAUUCCGAUUUCCCAACCUUUUCGACGAAAUUCUCGACUUUGAUAACAUGGGCUCGAAAUCGAAGAGCGAUAAUCCACAUACAGGCGACGGCGCUAGUCCUGGCAAGAUUUUCAUUGGAGGAUUGGCCAAAGAUACCAAUUACGCUACGUUCAACAAGCACUUUGGAAAGUAUGGAGAGGUAGUGGACUCUGUGAUAAUGAAAGAUCGCUUCACGGGUCAGCCUAGAGGUUUUGGUUUUAUUACUUAUGCUGAUCCUGCAGUUGUUGAUAAGGUUAUUGAGGACACCCAUGUCAUCAAUGGGAAACAGGUUGAGAUCAAAAGAACUAUCCCUAAAGGCCAAGGUCAAUCAAAGGACUUUAAAACUAAGAAGAUCUUUGUUGGUGGGAUUCCCUCAACAGUGUCUGAAGAUGAGCUCAAAACUUUCUUCUCAAAGUAUGGGAAAGUCGUGGAACACCAAAUUAUUCGUGAUCAUGAAACCAAUCGUUCUAGAGGCUUUGGAUUUAUAAUUUUUGACAGUGAAGAAGUUGUAGAUGAAAUAUUGUCCAAGGGAAAUAUGAUUGAUAUGUCUGGUACCCAGGUGGAGAUCAAGAAAGCUGAACCAAAGAAAGCCUCUAAUCCACCACCUGCUCCUGCAUUUGGUAGCAAUUCUAGGGCUCGUUCUUUCAAUGAUGGCUACAGUGGAUUUGGCAGUCCUUAUGGUGGGUUUGAUGGGAGUUAUGGGCCUGGUCCCUAUAGGACGUCGGGGGGUCUUGGGGGCAGGCUUGGUGGAGGAUACGGUUAUGGUAGUGGUAGUGGCGAGUUUGGUGGGGGUUAUGGAAGCUUUGGCAGCAGUAGCUUAGGUGGCUACCGAGGUGAAUCUUCCUUUGGUUAUACUAGUCGAUUUGGACCCUAUGGUGGCGGUUUUGGUGGGGGUUAUGGUGCGAGCAGUUUAGGUGGAUAUGGUCGAGGUGGUGAAGGCUAUGGAGGAGGUUAUGGAAGUUCGGGCUAUGGUGGUGGUUAUGAGUCUGGCCCUGGUGCUAGUUAUGGUGGAGCAGGUGGGCUAUAUGGGAGAGGAGGCUAUAAUGGCAGUAGUCGGUACCACCCAUAUGCAAGGUAGAUUUGAAGGGCCACUAGUCAGUAAGCUUUGCCAUAGAAGUAUUGACACAGGUUCCUCUAGUUUUCUUCCUUGCGCACCAAUAGGCACUUGCUUACAGAUGCUAGAGGUCCCCCUAUAAAUCGCGAUUGGCCAGAGCUUGAACUAUCAGAAGAGUUUUUAUUAGACAAUCUUCUAUUGUAUGGCUUAGACAUAUUUUGUAGAUUGCUUCAAGCUAGUGCUUGUCUCAUUUAGUUUAUUUUGAAUAUAGCGUGUUUACAGAUUAUAGUAUCUUUCUAUGGUAUUUUCGAUACAAUCUACGUAAGUUUGUUCUAGAA